UUUUAAGGGAGUUGUUGAUAUAUUUAUUUUAAACAAAAUAGAAAAAGAAACCGAAAUCCCUUGUUUAGUAUGGAAGAAGAAAGCUACAAGUUUACAUAUUUACCUAAAACGUUGCCAACCCUUUGCUCAAAAGAUUUUAAACAAUACUUUGAAAAAUGGUAUUUGAAAGACCGUCUCAGAGCUUGGUGCUUCAGCUUUGAUAAAUCAUUUCAACAUUACAGAAAAGAAAAGUUUGUACAUGAUUUUUUUCAUGAUGAAGUUGUGCUUGCUAAUAUUCAAGCCAUGUCCCCUUCUGGAGCAUGGGGCUACGUUGCUCCUGCAGAUAACGUGGCAAUUGAGGAGUUGAAUAGCACAGUGACUUCAUUAAACUUCUUCGACAAACUGAAAAAUGAAGGAAUUGUUCGGGAAAAUGGGAGCAUUUGCAAAUGCUUUGAUGAAUUUUAUGAAGGAGUUACAAUUUCUGAUGAAUUACGGAAGAUGCUGUUAUUGGAAGACUCUGAUAACUUUGAAUGCUAUAGUGAUGAAGAGCGAAAGGAGUUUAUUUUUAAACUGUUUUUCCACUUUGUCAUUGGUGGGCCAAUCUGUCAGUUUGAAGACAAUAUUCAGCCAUAUCUAGAUGUCACAAAAUCUCUCUACAAAGAUCUGAUAGCGGUACAGCGUGAUGGUGAAACAAAAGAGAUGAUUGUGUUAACAAAGGCAUACAAAGUCAAGACAAUGGAUUCUAAAGGGUGUAUGACGUACCCAGCUGAAGAAGAGCAUGACCAAACAUUUGCCUACCUAACCAUUGAUCCUUUAAAGAGACAAGCUGUAUUGUUAUACCAUGCAUGGGGAAAAAGCUUGUGGUAGAUUUUGAUUUGUAGAUAAAAAUAAUAAUCGCGGUGCUUGCUAUAAAAAUUGCAUACAGAUACAACGCUGCUUUAAGUUAUAUUGUUAAUCUGUUAGCCAAUCAGACACACGGUUUAUCAGCCCAAACAAGUACUCUUUCAAAUUGUUAAAUAACUGUGGCAGAUGAUUUAAAUGGUACAAGACAUCUUGCCAGAGUUUCACUAUGCCUUGGGAAGAUAUGGUCCACAAAUAAACAAGUGCAUUUUUCACCCAUAUAUUGCUCAGUAGAACAGCUGUAUAAAAUAAAUAAAUAAAU